CUUUUCCCGAAGCACACAUUUUUCUAUUUUGCCCAUACGUCUCCCUGUUUUUUCUAUUCGCUUCCCUUCCUAUUCUCCCAACUCCAUUUCAACCUUCAUUUUCCCUCUCAUCCUUCCAAACAUCAUCCAUGGCGACGGGACUCCUUCGCCGUGCCACCACCACGCCGGCGGUAAUCUCUCCCAUUAGUAGGCUCCUCCUCUCUCGCCUCCACGCAACAGAAGCCUCGCCACCACCACAGUCGCCAACUACAAUGAAAACCUUUCAAAUCUACCGAUGGAAUCCCGACAAUCCUUCUAAACCAGAGCUCAAAAACUACGAGAUCAACCUAAAGGAUUGCGGUCCCAUGGUUCUUGAUGCUCUCAUUAAGAUCAAGAACGAGAUCGACCCUUCUCUCACCUUCCGCCGAUCUUGCCGCGAAGGUAUCUGUGGUUCCUGCGCUAUGAACAUUGACGGAUGCAACGGCCUCGCUUGUCUUACGAAGAUCGAAACAUCCUCCACCGCCGCUUCGAUGGUUACGCCGCUACCUCAUAUGUUUGUAAUCAAGGAUUUGGUGGUUGAUAUGACUAAUUUCUAUAAUCAGUAUAAGAGCAUUGAACCUUGGCUGAAAAGGAAGAACCCUGCGACUACACCUGGUAAGGAGUACCUGCAAACUAAAGAGGACAGGAAGAAAUUAGAUGGAAUGGAUGAGUGUAUUCUCUGUGCUUGUUGUAGUACUUCUUGCCCUAGCUAUUGGUGGAAUCCUGAAUCUUAUUUGGGUCCUGCUGCCUUGCUCCAUGCUCACCGAUGGAUAGCUGAUAGCCGUGAUGAGUACACUGAGGAGAGACUAGAGGCGAUCAAUGACGAGUUCAAACUGUAUAGGUGCCAUACUAUUAUGAACUGUACUCGUGCCUGCCCAAAGGGUUUGAACCCUGCAAAGCAGAUCCAACAGAUUAAACGUCUUGAGGCAAAGUGAUGAUGCUCAUUUUCCACCGCUUUAUGUUAUGUUAGGGUUACCGUCAUUAUUUCAGUGUUCCAAUUACAUAAUGUAACACUGAAACAUACAACUUGGAAUCUUUAUGGCAAGCAUAAAUGUGCAGGAAAAAUAAUUUUGGAACUGCGAUUACUUGAUUUCUGUGGCAUUUUUAUUUGGUACAAGUGAAGUGUAUCCAUCCAUUCCUAGAAUGUCUACCAGGGGUUAUUAAUAAAUUUAGGUUGUGAUUCUUCAUUUUCUGUUUAUAUAGGGAGCAUUCAGUGUUCUCGAACAAGAUUGUACCCAACUUGAAUAUUGACUUUAUAUCUAAGUAUCCCUGUUUUUUAA